AUGGCAGACAAUUCAAGCGAUGACUCGUCCGACUGGAGCGGUGCUGAAGAACUGGAAGAUUGGACACAAGAAUCGAGUCAAACAUUGUGUCUCUUUUGCAGUCAAACAUUCAAAUCAAUGGAUCAAUGUUUGGUUCACUUGAAAAGUGAUCAUAACUUGGAUUUGAUUGGCAUUUGUGUGGAUAAUAAACUGAAUUCAUUUGAUUUCAUACAACUUGUAAAUUAUACGAGACUUAAGAGACCAGACAGUAGUUCAAUGAGACAAUUGAUUGCAUCCAAAGACUUCCUCUCCGAAGAGUAUAUGAAACCGGUCUUAAGGGAACCGUUGGACCAGUUCCUCACUUAUGAUAUUGAGGGCCAAUACAAAGAUGUAGACAAUGAGUUGACAACUGAUCCAAGUUGUGAUCAUUCAAAUUAUGAACACUUAUCCCAAAAUGAACUGAUAGUUAGCUUAAGACAAUCUGAAGAGCGUAUUAAAGCCCUCGAGAAGCAAAUAUCAGAUAUGAAAAGUUUAGUCACAAAUUGCAUGAAUGAAGAAGUAAGCGGUGAUCAGUCAGUGAAUGUCUCGCAGUUGUCCGCAUCUGAAGACUGGAACUACAUCUCUUCGUAUUCGCAUUUCUCCAUUCAUUACGAGAUGUUAAGCGACAAAAGCAGAACCAAUUCAUACAAAGACUCUAUUCUUAAAAACGCAAACUUUUUUCAAGAUAAGACAGUUCUGGACAUCGGUUGCGGAACAGGAAUAUUGAGUUUAUUUGCGGCCAAAGCGGGCGCCAAACUCGUGGUGGCCGUCGAUCACAGCGAUGUUGUCUAUAAGGCGAUGGACAUUGCGAUCGAAAACGGACUCAACUCUAAGAUUAAAUUCAUUAAAGAAAAACUCGAGUCCAUCGACUGGUGCGCGCACGGUUUGCCACAGAAGUACGACAUCAUUAUCUCCGAAUGGAUGGGAUAUUUCCUUCUGUUUGAGGGAAUGUUAGACUCAAUCCUUUACGCCAGGAAUCACUGUCUCAACCAUUCCGGUGCUCUUCUGCCCAACCGAACCUCUCUAUCGAUUGCAGGCAUUAGUGACAAAGACCUACAAAAUCGAUUCAUUCACUUCUGGGAUAAUGUCUACGAUUUCAAGAUGUCUUCAAUGAAGAGUGAAGUAUUGAAAGAGGCUUUAAUUGAGAGCAUAUCUGCAGAUGCGGUCAAUACUAGUGUUUGUGUAAUCAAAGAGUUUGAUUUAAUGGAAUGCCUUCUGGAAGAUACACAACACUUGGAGACUGACUUCCAAUUGGUUUGCAGAAGUGAUGGCAAUGUGAUAGCAAUUAUAGGAUGGUUUGACUGUCACUUCGAUUUGGAAUCGUUUGAACAUAAAGUGCUUCUCUCGACCUCACCCUUCAGUGAAAGCACUCAUUGGAAGCAAACAGUGUUUCUUCUCAAGAAAGCCAUUGUCUGUAAAAGUGGUGAUAAGAUUGAAGGCAAUAUUAAUCUGCUUCUCUCGACCUCACCCUUCAGUGAAAGCACUCAUUGGAAGCAAACAGUGUUUCUUCUCAAGAAAGCCAUUGUCUGUAAAAGUGGUGAUAAGAUUGAAGGCAAUAUCAAAGUGUGUCGAACCGUAACAGAUAUCCUGCUUCUCUCGACCUCACCCUUCAGUGAAAGCACUCAUUGGAAGCAAACAGUGUUUCUUCUCAAGAAAGCCAUUGUCUGUAAAAGUGGUGAUAAGAUUGAAGGCAAUAUGAAAGUGUGUCGAACCGUAACAGAUAUCCGUGCGCUCGUCGUCCACAUCAAUAUCAUUGGAUACGAUAAACAAACUUUUUAUUUGUCUUAA